UAAUAAAAAAUACAGAUAAGCCAGCCACUGUGCUCAGCAAAUUCACACAGAGCCCUUGUUGUGAAAGAGGAGAGGGGUUCUGUUCUCCAGCAAUUUUGCAAACCUAUGGAUUUUUCUGGUGUUGGAGGAAUCAAUGCCAUUUGGGCUGUUCCAAGCCUAUCUACCUCUGCCACUGACCUAACUGUUUGGCCUUGGGAUGAGUGCCCUGACCCCUGGCCCUCUUGCCCUGGACUACCUGGACGACUUUGACCUGCUGAAGUUUGAGGUGAAACAGGAGGUCUCCAGGCCAGGAGGCAGUUCCUCCUUGAAUUCCACCCCCUGCAGCUCAGUGCCACCUUCGCCCACCUUUGAUAAAGCUGGAGGGGACCCCAAGUCCACCCUGGAAGAGCUGUACUGGAUGGCCACGCUCCACCAGACGUUGGCCGCAGCAGGGGGCAACCCUGAGGGCCAGCUCAUGCCUGGGUUGGAUGAGGCCGUGGAAGCUCUCUUGGGGGUCCCCAUGAUGGAAGGGGGCCUUCGUGGCAGAGCCACCCCCCAACUCCAGGGGUUCGUAGGGGCAGCAGAAGGGCUUGGUGGAGAUCAGCAGCAGCUUCCUCCACUGCUCACUGACCGCUUCUCCGAUGCUCAGCUGGUCUCCAUGUCUGUGCGGGACCUCAACCGGCAGCUCCGUGGCUUCGGAAAGGACGAGGUGCAGCGCCUCAAGCAGAAGCGGCGCACCCUCAAGAACCGUGGCUAUGCCCAGUCCUGCCGCUUCAAGCGGGUCCAGCAGCGCCACGUCCUAGAAGCCGAGAAGUCCCAGCUGGCCCAGCAGCUGGAGUCCCUGCGGGUCGAGAUGGCCCGGGUGGCCCACGAGCGAGACAUCUACAAAGCCCGGUGUCAGAAGCUGCUGGGAGAUGCUGCGGGAGGGCCCUGCGAUGAGGGGACAGCGCCCCUGACUCCUCAGCCUACCUCACUAGCCCAGUUUUUCCUAUGAGCGGCCCUUGGUGCCCCCUUCCUGGCCCCGUGGGCUGCAGGAGUAGAACUUUGUAUGUCCCUUUACCUUUCUCCAACUUAGCGGACGAAGGAUAAUGGAGGCGUUUCUCCUUUUUGGUCCACCAGAGGGCGACAUGAGCACAGGCUUUUGGAAAUGCAUUCCCUUUUUCUCCCACCAGGUGGUGCAAAAGAGCUCUUGCCCUUUAAGUGAGGCCAAUACCCUACAAACAUAUCUCAGGUUUUACAGCUGUCAUGGCUCCUCCCCCCAAAGAAUCCUGGGAAUUAUCAGGUCGAAGAGGGGAGGAUUGUUUUAGAGAAGUGAUGGGCAAUUUGUGGCUCUCCACAUGUUGCCGAACCACAUCCUCCAUCUAUCCUAUCCAGCAGGGCCAAUGGUGAGGGAUUAUGGGAGCUGCAGUCCCAGAAGAUCUGAGGUCCUUUCAGAUUAUAGAAUUAUAAUAUUUUGAUACCACUCAUCUCUCUAUCCUAUGGAAUGCUGGGAUUUGUAGUUUCAGAAGGUACUUUUGUUUUCUCUCCAAGAGCACUCUAGUGCUUCAGUAAACUAUACUUUCCAGUAUUGAUAUGUAGGAUGCAGCAAUGACAAUUAAAAUGGUAUCAAACUGUUAUGAUAGUGCAUUGUGAAAGGAGCCCUGGAGCAAAACUGGGAAAUAAUUAGGUUUUUUUUUGGGGGGAGGGUGGGCUGCAACUUCUACAAUUGCUCACUCAAAAUGGCUACCAUAUGCUAUCAGAAGGAUUCUAGGAGUUGUUGUCCAGCAAAGGAGAGAUGCAAGUUGCCAACUCUCGUGUAAGGGUUUACUUAGGCCCAUCUCAGAACAGCUGCCAAGGGAAAAGAAUGACCCUUAAUUCUCCAAGGAAAAGGAAUUACUCUUAAUCCUGACAUAGGUUGCAUCUGCACUGCAGAAAUAAUGCAGUUUGGUACUGCUCUAACUGUCAUGACCCAAUGCUAUGGAAUUUGUACUUUUGUGAGAUAUUUAGUCUUCUCUGUCAGA